CGAUCCUUACGACUUCUAGGCCGGCGCAUACAUUAGACACAAACAAACAUCCCACACACUGGAGCAGGUUCAUGAGUACCGGAUCGCCAGCGGCGUUUCUGCUAUGGACUAUCCUUUCCUGUCUGUUUCUCGCCUUCCUCAUCUUCCAUCUAUGGAGCUAUGACAAGUUCAAGUGCCUGCGAUGGAGUAGGAACCGUCAGCCAGGCGCGUUCAAGCGUAUGAUGGCCUAUACCUACCUCGCAACAGUGACUUUACUCAUAGUGUUCUCCGUCGCAACAACUGUCAUCAAGUUCAAUGAAGGCUACAUCGUCACCCCGGGCCCAGAACAUCACAUCAUACCUAAACCACCAUUCCUCUAUAGCCGCAGUAAUGCCCGUUGGAUAAUACCUCUCAACUUUGUCUUCAGCUUUGCCUGGGCUUUCGAAUUGGUUACCCAUCUCGAGGAGCUUAUGUUCUGGAUAUUUCUUCAAAACCAAGGCUCCCGCGCUAGACCAUGGUUCGACAGUUGGGAGUUUAGGGUGUUUACACUUGGCACAAUCACCGCGGUCCUCGGUUUACCUCUCACAGCUCUUAUCACGCGACGGGAACAGGCUCUUAGUCAAGCUUGGAUAUUCCUUGUGGGCUCAUCGGCUUCAACGUUCACCACCGUCCUCUUCCUAUGGGUGCUUUGGAAAUUCCCGAGAUUCAUCCGGCGAGUCAAAGACGAUGGCGGGGAGCCCGCUGUUGUCCUUCGUCUGGUUGGGUUUUACCAGUUGAACUGCGCCCGCAUCAUCUUCCGGUUCAUGUUUAGCUUGCCUCUCUUCAUUAUAUCUCUGGAUGGAGUAGCGGAUAUCCGCAAGAUCUUAUGGAAUCCUUUCAGCUCGGAUUUCCUCUUGAUGAUUGCUGGAAUAGGUUGCUUUGUCUCCUCAGCGAUUACCCUCCUUGUCUUCUUCCCUCGGUCGCUCGCACAGGAAAACGGCUACGCAACCGUACGCAUUCCGCCCCCCGCCGACUCAGUUCAGGCCCAGGCACCUAGCCCGAAGCAAUUCCUCGGAACAGGGCAAGAAGUCCAACAAUUACGUCAUCGCGUGUCAGGUACCCCCAAGGACACUCCCACGGCAAGGAACUCCAUCCGUGUGCUUAGCACUACUCCACGCGACUCACUCGCGCCCGGUCACAACCCCAUCUUAUCCCCAACGCCUUCUGAGAUAGACCAUGCAUAUAUGAUGCAGGAACGGGCCGCACGGGGUGGGUCGCCGGUGGACGCCGCGAGCAGUGUCGGCAGCGGUAGUUUUCAAGGGGACGGCGAGCGCGAGCCAUUCGAUGGGGUCGAGGAAGAGGCUACGCCCGAGUACGAGGCUGAGGACCCCCGUGCGUUCUACGCCAACCUCGUCAGUGGGUGGGCGCCAGGCUCGCAGGUCAAUGUCCACCGGCACCUGCACGCAAACUCGUGGCACGGUGUUAUGCACGUCAGCGCGCCGGGCUCUCGUUCAGGGGAGUGCGAACAGCGGCGGUUGGACCUUGGAUAUGGGCUCGGGCUCGCGCAUGGCAUCGAGGUGGGACAGGGGAUCGGGCAGGGCCAUUAUCCGUCAAGUCAGAUGCGGUAUAUGUUCGACGCUGGGUCCCGGGGUCUGGUCGUUGGGCAACGGGAGCAGGACGUUGGCAAUGCUGAGUCAAGGCGCAGCAGCGGGAGAGAUGUGGAAGGGAGUAAUUUGCAUCCGUACCUGCGGGAGUUCAGGUCACCGAUCGAUCUCUGCGAUAUGCCGGAAGAUCAGUUGCCUCGGGCAAUAUGAAAUGUUCUCCUCAAACGCUCUGAUCUCAAAAUAUCCCCGGGCUCGAGCCCUUUGUUUCUGCCCUCUCGCCUCAUUCAUUGUGCACAUCACCAUCUCCCAUCAUCCACGGCAUCUAUUCUAUCAUCGAUCUAGUAUACCAUCCUUAUCUAUUGGCUCCUAUACCCCUUCUAUCUCAACGCCAUCCACCCCAUCUCGCGUCUCACCUUACCCGUGAUCACAUUCCUCAUUUACGCGAUUUACAC